AUGUUAGAAGACAAAAAGGUGGAAUCUUUAAGGCCUAAAAUAGAUCAUGUAGUGGUUGGACUUUCAAAAGGUAGUAGGAACUUGAGUAGUCAAAGUCAAAGUCAAACGAGGACCCACAUGAGAAAUGUUAAGGAUGUUUUCUUGUCUGCUUUUUCAUCUUCAAAUGGGAAAAAAAGACAUGAUGCUCCUUAUUCGUUUGUGAACGUGUUGGGUGUUCCAAGAAUGGCGGUGGCAGGGGCAAAACCGGAAUUUUUUGUUCAAAGAAUGAAAGAUGAUGUGAAAGAGAAUGAAAGUCUGUUGCUUAAUGAGGUAAAAAGGUGGGAUAAGGAUAGUGUUGUAUGA